AUGGAUGUGAUUGAGCAGUAUUCUGCUGGACACCUGGACAUGCUGGCCCGCAUCAAGAACCUCCAGUGCAGAGUGGACCAAAUAGUGGGGCGAGGCACACCCAUCACAGACAAGGAUCGACCCAAACCCAAUGAAGAAUUGCCGGAAGACCCAAGCAUGAUGGGGCGCCUGGGGAAGGUGGAAAAACAGGUUCACUCAAUGGAACGAAAGCUAGAUUUUCUAGUGAAUAUCUACAUCCAGAGAAUGGGGAUUCCACAGUCUGAGACAGAUGCCUACUUCAGAUCUAAAGAACCAGACCCAGCACCUCCGUACCACAGUCCUGUGGGCCAUUUGGAGAAGAGCCAAUCCGUGCCCAAGAUUCUCCAGGUCAAUUCUGGGGAAAGUGUGUCUUCGCGCAAUGUUUCAAAAAUGGUCCGCUCUAGUAGCUCCACAGCUCAUCGCAGCUGCCCACCGCCCUCCUGCCCUCCCUCUUCAUCCUUGCAGCCAAUCAGCAACAAUCUCCCGCAUGCUCUGCCCACCUGGCCACGCAGCCAUGGCAGUAGUCCAGUGAGUGACUCUCUGGUGAGGUUGCCCCCACCUCCUGCAAACACCGCAUCCCGAACACACCGUGAGCGCACUGAGAGGGGCGGAGCCAACGAUGAUGACCAGAAGGCCGACAGUGGGUCUUCGGCGUCUAUUCCCUCCGUGGAUCACGAGGAGCUGGAGCGCUCCUUCAGUGGCUUCUCCAUCUCGCCGACUCGGCCACGCUGCGCCACCGUGCGGCCUUUUAUUGCAGAGGCCGAGUCUGACUCAGAGACUGAACUGUGCCCAGCCUCCAGACGGGAGGGUCGCCGCAGCAACAAGGACGGGAGCAGAACACACUAA